AUGACCGACCAACCACUCUUUUAUAGAGGUGGAUAUACAGUUAUAGAAGAUGGAUAUACAGUUAUAGAGGGUGGAUAUAUAGUUAUAGAAGACGGAUAUACAGUUAUAGAAGAUGGAUAUAUAGUUAUAGAAGAUGGAUAUACAGUUAUAGAGGGUGGAUAUAUAGUUAUAGAGGGUGGAUAUGUAGUUAUAGAGGGUGGAUAUAUAGUUAUAGAAGAUGGAUAUAUAGUUAUAGAAGGUGUAUAUACAGUUAUAGAGGGUGGAUAUAUAGUUAUAGAGGGUGGGUGUACAGUUGUAGAAGGCGGACUGAUUUAUAGAGCAUAG